AGAGAUUGCAGUGGUUGCCUAGUGAGUGAAGGUAGAAGCCUAAUGAAAUGCGCUCCAACAUGGCAAGAUGUACACAGAAACAUGGAUUGAACCGGAUGAAGUCAUUGAAUUGAACUUAGAAGGAUUCAAGUUCUAUCAUCAAAUCCGAGGGGGUGCCCUACCGGAUGAUGACGUCAUCACACUUUUUUUGUCUGGCACUCUACACUGUUAUACUUCCUCGAGGAGUUCUGAAGAGGAUAACCACCAAGUACCAAGUACCAAUGAUGCAGAAGAACCUGCACCGACAUAUGACAAGGUUUUUGAUGUGUUCUGUGGAACUGUGUUGGCCCAGAGAUCAUCGAUGGAAAUGACUGAUCUGCUGAAGUGCUUCAUAGAUAUAGCAAGAACAUCUGAAAACAAGGAUGCUUCCAGAUAUAGAAUGCUCUACCUUAAACGAAGACUGAAGGAGAAGUACCCACAGCUUCAAAGCGCCCAGCUAGCGAGUGUGUCUUCAUUGACAAAUCUGAUGCUGCACCACCCAUUGAACAGUUGUGGUCAUCAAGUUCUGAAUCAGAUACUUCAUCAUUCAGUGAGAUCAUUUCACCAGUCAAGCAGACACAGACCUCUCAUCUCCAGCCUCACCUCCACAAGUCGUACUUAUCUGCAGCGACUGUGCGUGAGGAACUGAGGGCCUAUAGUGGACUUGAUAUUGAGUGGUCACCCACACCGUCUGAGGUCGAUGUAAGAGCUGCUGAGACAGUCGUCCCAGUCGUGCUGUACAGGGUUGUAGCCACGCCGGGCGGCGGCGGGCGGGGCCGCCCAGCUCUCAAAAUCUCUGCCCAGCACUCAGGGUAAUUUUGAGCCUGACCGCCCGGUACAUAUUUCAGUCCCCGAGUUGGUAGAAUUUCUGAAACAUCUAAAAAAUUCAAAUGUACUGUAUGUCCAUAUCUUUAGCAAUUAAACACAGCUGCAUGUGUGUUUACUGCAGCGCGGCCCAGAUUUCGGACACGUAUUUUGUUCGGCCUAUUUUCCGAAUUUUUCCGCCAUAUGCCAGUUUCAUCUCUGUAAGGGUACACAAAUGUGCUUACAAAACCAUCUUUAGAUUUUUUCUUAAUUCUGUUCAUUCAUCUAAUACUGAUUUAGAAUAAAAAACAGAUGACCUUGUAUGAGUAUGGAGGAAUAAUGAGACAAAUGUUGUUUCAUCCUGUGUUCAUCUUUAUUUAAUGAUAAUUCCACAUUUUACAAACGCGAAUUACACUUUAUAACAUCAUGCAUCAAAAACCUGAUUCCCCCCCCCCCCCAAAAAAAU